GAUACGGGUGGCUGUCCCAGCAAGCAGUUACCCGCUCAUUUCCCCAACUACCCUUCCCUCUCCUUUCUUCUUACAGUAUUUUUACUUUCUCUCUCCAACGCUCCUUCCUCGUCACAACCAGCUGAGCUGCUCAGCUUUCUCUCUCUACUCCCUCCCUCUCUCUCUCUACACUCUCUCUCCUCUUCUUUUUCUUUUUUUUUUUCUGGCUCAUGUGUAGUUGUCAUUUCACUUUCCCGAUUGCUCAGAAAAUGAGAACGGUUUGAUACCUCUCUCUCUGCUCCUUUUUUGUAUUGAAUUCUUCAUCUCUCUCUCUCUCUCUCUCUCUCUCUCUCUCUCCCCUCUGUCUGUCUUUCUCUCUCUAGCUAUCUGGCUAUCUUCCCCAGUAGCAAUGGAAGCGGCAGGAGAGGACUGCUGCGUCAAAGUGGCGGUUCACAUCCGGCCGCUCAUCGGAGACGAGAAGCUUCAGGGGUGUAAAGAUUGCGUCACUGUCGUCCCUGGGAAGCCUCAGGUACAAAUUGGGACGCAUUCGUUUACUUUUGAUAAUGUCUAUGGGAGUACCGGUUCUCCCUCAUCUGCAAUGUUUGAAGAACGUAUAGCUCCGCUGGUGGAUGGUUUGUUUCACGGAUAUAAUGCUACUGUCCUAGCGUAUGGUCAGACGGGUUCUGGAAAAACAUAUACCAUGGGCACUGGUUUUAGAGAUGGUUGCCAAUCAGGAAUUAUCCCGCAAGUUAUGAAUGUACUGUUCAGCAAAAUUGAAAAUUUGAAGCAUCAAACUGAAUUCCAGUUGCAUGUAUCUUUUAUUGAGAUUCUAAAAGAAGAAGUACGAGACUUGCUCGAUCCUAGUUUUUUGAGCAAACCAGAAGGUGUAAAAGAAGGUGCCAACGGGCAUGUGGUGAAAUUAGCAUCCCCUGGAAAGCCACCAAUACAAAUUCGAGAAUCAUCAAAUGGUGUUAUUACACUGGCAGGAUCCACUGAACUCAGUGUAAGUACACUAAAAGAAAUGGCUGCUUGUCUGGAACAAGGAUCAUUGAGCAGAGCAACAGGGAGUACAAAUAUGAACAAUCAAUCAAGUCGCUCACAUGCCAUCUUCACCAUUACAUUAGAGCAAAUGCAUAAGGUCAACUCGGCAUGUAAUGAAAACAACGGUCUUAAUGAGAGUAUGAAUGAAGAAUAUCUAUGCGCCAAGUUGCAUUUAGUAGAUCUUGCUGGGUCUGAGCGAGCCAAGAGGACAGGUUCCGAUGGCAUGCGUUUUAAGGAAGGAGUUCAUAUUAAUAAGGGUCUUCUUGCCCUUGGGAAUGUUAUCAGUGCACUUGGUGAUGAGAAGAAGCGCAAAGAAGGUCUUCAUGUGCCUUAUCGAGAUAGUAAACUUACUCGGCUUCUGCAGGAUUCGCUUGGUGGUAACAGUCGAACUGUUAUGAUAGCCUGCAUCAGUCCUGCUGAUAUCAAUGCUGAAGAAACCCUGAACACUUUAAAGUAUGCAAAUCGUGCUCGCAAUAUCCAAAAUAAGCCUAUCGUAAAUAGAGAUCCCAUGUCCAAUGAAAUGUUAAAGAUGCGCCAACAGCUAGAGUUUUUGCAAGCUGAACUUUAUUCACGUGGAGGAGGAUCUUCUUCUGAUGAAGUACAGGUUCUCAAGGAAAGAAUUACUUGGCUUGAAGCUGCUAAUGAGGAUCUUUGUCGGGAACUUCAUGAAUAUCGCAGUAGAUGCAAUGGUGUAGAGCCAUGUGAAAGAGCUUCUCAAGAUGAUAGCCCCUGCUCUGUCAAAAGCGAUGGCCUAAAAAGGGGUUUGCAAAGUUUAGAACCGGCUGACUAUCAAAUGGGUGAUGCGAUAACAGCAGGCGAUUCCCAGGAAAUUGAUGAAGAAGUAGCAAAAGAAUGGGAGCACAACCUUCUGCAAAAUACCAUGGACAAAGAGUUGCAUGAAUUGAAUAAACGUCUACAGCAAAAAGAGUCGGAGAUGAAAUUUUUUGAAGGGUCCGACACUCUGGCACUCAAGCAGCAUUUUGGAAAGAAAAUUUUGGAACUAGAAGAUGAGAAAAGAACUGUGCAGCAAGAGAGGGACCGAUUGCUGGGUGAAGUUGAAAAUCUUUCUGCUGGUGAUGGACAAACACAAAAGUUGCAAGAUGUUCAUAACCAGAAGUUAAAGGCACUUGAGGGACAGAUUUUGGAUCUUAAGAAGAAACAAGAAAGCCAGGUUCAACUUUUGAAGCAAAAACAAAAAAGUGAUGAAGCAGCAAAGCGGCUGCAAGAUGAAAUCCAGUCUAUAAAGGCACAAAAGGUUCAACUGCAACAAAGGAUAAAACAAGAGGCAGAACAAUUUCGGCAGUGGAAAGCCUCGCGAGAGAAGGAAUUGCUGCAGUUACGGAAAGAAGGGAGGAGAAAUGAAUAUGAAAGGCAUAAGCUGCAAGCGUUAAAUCAACGCCAGAAAAUGGUUCUUCAAAGAAAGACUGAAGAGGCCGCAAUGGCUACCAAGAGGCUGAAAGAAUUGCUAGAAGCUCGUAAAUCUUCUGCUCGUGACAACUCAGUUGUUGCCAAUGGAAACGGGACACAUCAACAGGGCAACGAGAAAUCCUUACAACGGUGGCUUGAUCAUGAGCUUGAAGUUAUGGUGAAUGUGCAUGAAGUUCGUCAUGAAUAUGAGAAACAAAGUCAAGUACGAGCUGCACUGGCAGAAGAGUUGGCCAUGCUGAAACAAUUAAACGAAUUUGCUUCGAAGGGCCUUAGUCCUCCAAGAGGAAAGAAUGGCUUUGCCCGAGCAUCCUCCAUGUCACCUAAUGCACGAAUGGCCAGAAUAUCUUCACUUGAGAACAUGCUUAGCAUAACAUCAAACUCCAUAGUAGCAAUGGCAUCACAACUUUCAGAGGCAGAAGAACGGGAGCGUGCCUUUACCAACCGUGGACGUUGGAACCAAUUGCGCUCAAUGGCAGAUGCAAAGAACUUGCUUCAAUAUAUGUUCAAUUCUCUUGCAGAUACAAGGUGCCAGUUGUGGGAGAAAGAAAUGGAAAUCGAUGAAAUGAAGGAGCAUCUCAAAGAACUCGUAGGUUUGUUGCGGCAGAGUGAGACACGAAGAAAGGAAGUUGAGAAGGAACUAAAAGUGAGAGAGCAAGCUGUUGCAGCUGCAUUGGCAACAUCUGCCUCAGCUGGCCAUGAUCAGGAGAACUCACAGAAUUCACUGAAACACUUUGCUGAUGACACGAAUGGUCCCUUGUCCCCAAUCUCCGUGCCAGCACAUAAACAGCUGAAAUAUACAGCAGGCAUCGCCAACGGCUCAGUCAGAGAAUCAAUAGCUUUCAUAGAUAAGACACGAAAGAUGGUACCCAUUGGGCAUUUGCCAACAAAAAAACUAGCAGUUAUAGGGCAAGCUGGGAAGCUAUGGAGGUGGAAGAGGAGUCAUCACCAGUGGUUAGUACAAUUCAAAUGGAAAUGGCAGAAGCCUUGGAGACUCUCGGAAUGGAUUAGGCACAGCGAUGAAACAAUCAUCAGGACCAAACCUCGCUUACUAGGUCAAUCGUGAUGUAAUGUUCUGCAGUCAUCUGCCUAUUGUUGCCCGAUUUUCAUCUUUGACCUAUAAGCAUCAUCCCAACGCAUAGCAUAGGGAACUCGAGAAUCAAGUACAGUGUGCUAUAAGUAGCCGUUGAGGAUAUUUGCUACUGUCAUGGAGAUCAUUUUGGGAAGCAUGGGUUUUUAUUGAAAGUUUUGCAAUGGUUACUGCGCUCGGAGCAUCUUGUAAAUUCGUGUUGAUGCUGCCGAUGAUAUACUGUGUAGCUAGAAGCCGACACCAAUGGUGCAAGACUGCAAGUGGUGAUAUACUAGUGAACGGAGAAAUUGAGCCAUGUAAUUUUAUAGCACCUUCUGUUAAUAACAACACAACUUGAGGGGAGCACCUUUCUGUUAAUAACAACACAACUUGAGGGGAAAAAUCCUUCAGGUUACAGAAAUAUGUAUAAAAGGCUCUCUUUGUCGUUCAUUUUUAGAAUGUCGUUUGUGUGUAGCGUUUUCUGUUGCAUCGAAGUUUUCGAAGAAAGGGAAAAUUCUUUUGUAGAUUACUUUGUUCCUUGUGUAAACAUUAUAGUUAUUCCAUUGGCAGAGAUUGCUUCUUGUA